ACAAAUUCGUUCGGUUCCGUUUGUUGCCAACAACAAGUGCUUGCUUCAAAAUCGAGUCAAGCAAGUUCCUUGCAAAAACAACCAAUUUCAUAGCAUUUAUCGGGUCAAAAUUACUGAGUGAGAAUGGCGGAUGACCGAUAUGCCUUCAUAGCAGAGUGGUACGACCCUAAUGCCACCAUUAUCAGGCGAUACCAGUUCCUUUACUAUGUCUGCGAUAAUUCAGUUGAGAUGUAUGACAUUAAGAAUAGACGCAUUUUCCUGAAGCGGUCCAAAUGUGAAAAUAUCACCCUAACAGACUUGUAUGUAGGCAGCACAAUCAAUGUACACUCCAGGCAGCUAACUUUGACAGACUACGCAGAUGAAUAUACCAGGAGUAAGCUCAUUAGCAAGAAAGAAAAAACUUUAGGUAUGAUCAAGCCAGAUGCCAUCUCCAAACUGGGCCACAUCCUCGAUGCCAUCUACGCAGGCGGUUUCAGCAUCUCAAAGUUAAAAAUGUGCCAGCUGGGCAGAGAUGAGGCAAAUAAGUUCUAUGAAGAGCAUGUCGGGAAGCCAUUCUUCAGUGAACUCUUAGGGUAUAUUACAAGCGGUCCAGUGGUUGCGUUUGAAUUGAUGGGAAGUGAUGCUGUGAACAAGUGGCGCAGUCUGUUGGGCCCCACCGACUCUGCGGCAGCAAGAAGCCAGGCACCAAGCAGUAUUAGGGCAAAGUUUGGUCAAGAUAACACACGGAAUGCCUGUCACGGAUCAGACUCCCCCGAAUCUGCUGCGCGAGAGUUAGAAUUCUUCUUCCCCACGGCAGCACCACCUCGACACAACACGUCAAGGUCCGGUGACUGUACGUGCUGUGUGAUCAAGCCUCACGCUGUCAGAGAAGGCCAAGCCGGUAAAAUCAUAGCCGCAAUCCAAGAGUCCAACUUCCGAGUCACAGCUAUACAAAUGUUUAACCUGGAACGAGCUAAUGCUGAGGAAUUCUUUGAAGUGUACAAGGGAGUUGUGUUGGAGUAUAAAGAUAUGGUAGAGGAACUCACGAGGGGGCCGUGUAUUGCACUCGAAGUCACAGCGGAAAGUGCACCGACGGCUUUCAGGGAGAUGGUUGGACCGGCUGAUCCUGAAAUUGCACGCCACUUGCGACCACGUACACUCCGAGCCAAGUUUGGACUGGAUAAGGUUCAGAAUGCCGUCCACUGCACAGAUCUUCCCGAAGACGGCCUAUUAGAGGUCGAGUACUUCUUCAAGAUCCUCGACAGUUAGAUCCCGGUGGAAUCUCCUGAAAUACAUGAACUGUUUGAAAAUCUGAGAUAUAUUUAGGCUGCAUGACCUGUGAAUGAAAUCCCAUUCCUUGAGUAGGAAGAGCUAAGAAAUCAGUCCUGUACAAGUCUCUCUCUCUGGCGAAUAAGUGUCCCUACUCUGAGCAGAGAACCAUUGUGUCUGCAGAGAGCAGGGACAGUUGAAUUCGCUGCAGAGACAACAAUUAACUUUGCAUGGGAAAACUAAUAAGUUUUGUGAAUAAUGCGGGGGAGAAAUUGUAAAUAACUUAAAUCUUUAUGAUCACGUGAUAUCACUUGUCCCAACUUAGGCCUGCAUUAAAGAGUUAAAUAUGCCAUGAUCUCUCCCUCAAAUUAACAUUUUCUACUUAAUCUCUGGCUAUAGAACUUGUGUGUUGACAGUCUCAUCUGCUUAGGCCAUUCAAAAUUAAUUUUUAGAUUUACGUUACCGCCCGCCCCGGUUUUUGCCUCCGUCCCAAUAUUUUUUUGUUUUUUGCUAAAUUUUAAAAAAACCGUUUUUUUGUAUUAGUUCGGUCUUGAAGCCCAUUGGAAACCUUUUUUAUGGCCUUACUGGCACAACUCCUCAUAGGGAUAGCUUCGGUACAGUGCUUAUAUGACCAUUUACUAGCCAAAAUAUCCAACUCCCGUUAGAUGUAGUACGCAAUAGUAUACCGACGCCGCAUUGCGGGAAUAGACUAGAGUGGAAGGUUCUUUCAUCCUUUUCGAACUGAGGAGGACACGGAUCAAAAUGUCAAAAAGUAAAAAACAAAUUCCCCUCCCCACCAAAUUUUUCAGAUCUGAGUGACGUAAAUCUAAAAAUUAAUUUUGAAUGGCCUUAUGAAUAAGCAUUGUGUAUGUUAAAUCCGUCCCUUUUUACGUGAAACGGAAAUUCUAUUGUUUUCGAAAUGUCUUCUGGCAUUGACUGCCAGAAAAAUACGCUUGCAAGAUGUUUCUUGGUAUUUUCUGCAGGUCAGAAAGUCUUCAAAUGCUAACAAUGAAAGCGCUUCUGGUGAUAGUUUUGUAAAAGAUUUCAUCAAGUUGUGUUUUCUGAAGUUUUUACAUGCGUUCAUGUAUUAGAGUUGAAUUUUUGCUAUGCUGUAUUCUAAAAGAUAUGAUUCGUCCCACAAGUCUGCUAGCCUGGUCACUGUCCUCCCGAUGUAUUUUGAACAGGAAAGUAUUGCACAAGCUCAGGUGCCUGAUGAUGGGCCUACAACUUGUUUGUGACUAAUUGUUCCUGUCCAACUCGAUCGUUUUCAUAUUUCAUUGUGGCCCACGUCUCAAUGGCUGUAUAUUUUUGUUGAUAUUUGGUUCAUAUAUUGUGCACUGACUUUCUGCCUGGUAUUGAAUAAUAAAACCAUUUUACUAUUGAA